AUAUUUAUUUACGUCACUCACUUGUCAAAAUAUGAGCAGCUAUAGUUACGUGUAAUAACGGGAAAUUUCCAUAUAUUUUUCAUUGGAAAUAAUUAAUCGACAUUCUAAAAUGUACAAAAUAUAUACCAGAUCGAACACCUAUUUUAGUGGUAAACAACAUUAUUUGGCAAAUCCAGUGUUUGGUGGAUUUAAUAAUAAUAUUGGUCAGGACGUAAACCGUAUACAUGUCACAAAUAGUCUAAAAUUUCCUCCGGCCGCAGCAUUGAAAUUGCCGACAAAUGUAGUCGACAUAAAUGCUUCAGAAAUGGGUAGAUUUUCACCGCUACGCGAACGAGACAUUUCUGGUCCAGUAAUCAGUUCUUGCUACAAAAAACAGAUUGACUUGGGAAAAAUUGAUAUAACUGUUCAAUCCGACCCUCACGUGAACAAAUAUGAUUGCCGUGGGGCAGUCAGUUUGUCUUCUUCCAUGCAAAGUAAUGUGCCAAGUCCAUUCAGUGGCAACCACACUCAUCUCAAUAUGCCUGGAUCACAAUGGGGGCAAGGGCAUAAAUAUUUGUCUGAUCAUCUUCACAGCGCUCAUUACUUGACUCUCAGGAAUGAGUAUCGAGCAAGAGCAAUGAAAGACGCUGUUGGCACAAGAUUUAUGAGUACAGAUACAAAGAGUGCACAGCCUCCACUGAGUUCAAAAGAAAAGUUGAAAAAGGCUAUCAAAGAAUAUGGUUCAACAGUGAUUGUAUUUCAUGUUUGCAUUUCCCUGAUGUCAUUGGGAACCUGCUAUCUUCUAAUAUCUAGUGGCUUAGAUUUGGUGGCGGUGCUAAAGUAUUUAAACAUAAGUGAAGGCACAAUUUUGAAGGCUGCAGGAUCGAAUGCUGGCACCUUUGUCGUAGCAUAUACGGUCCACAAAUUCUUUGCUCCUUUCAGGAUAGCAAUAACACUGACGGCUACACCUUUCAUUGUGCGAUAUUUAAGGAAUAUUGGGUUUUUAAAGCGUAGUGUUACUACUACUGGUGGAGGGAAAUAAAUGUUAACAUAAAAUAAAGUAUUCUUAUAAAUA